GCCCGAGUGGCGUUUGAGGCAGAUAAAGGAAAAUGUAUGUGCAGUUUUGGAAAGCUGCUCGGCUCUCAGGAAUCUCUACGACGUGGACUGAAGGAAGGUCCCACUGAGUCACUGUCACACACGCCUGCACCCAGCUGGGCGGGAUCAAAGUGUGUGUGUGUAUGUCUGUGUGUGCGCGUGUGUCAGUCAGGUGGCUGCAAGGGUGAAAAGGUGAGACUGCGGUAGAAGACAGACAAGCGAGAUGCUGCUAACCUGACAAGAAGACCACAAAAAGGGGCGACGGGAAGUUCAAAGCAUGGCGACGCUGACUCCCGUCUGACCACCUUCUUCUUCUUCAUCCUCUUCCUCAGCCAGCAAGGUCCCGCAUCCUUCCCGCCACCGUCAUGUCUGACCCCAGCUGGUGGAAGCUGACGUUCUCCCGCAAGACCAAGUCCGAGCCCAAGGUCCUGUACGAGAUCCCGCCGGAGUACGGCAGCAACACCAAAGAACCGCCGGGGGGCGGCGGGCCCGCUCCGGAGGCGGCCGAGUUCAGCGCCAGGCUGGAGAAGAUCGUGGACAAGUCGGCCACGAAGGGGCGCCACGUCAAGGUGUCCCACUCCGGUCGCUUCAAGGAGAAGAAGAAGGUCCGAGCCACGCUGGCAGAGAACCCCGACCUGUUUGGCGAGCAGAACCACAAGAAGAAGAGUGACAAGUAGCACAUAUGACAAUGUGGACCCGACGGAAGGAGAACGGGUGAAAAACUCCAGACCAACACGUGCUGGUCCGAGAUCCAGGACCCCUAACAGAACCUUCAUGUGCUCCAGUCUGUUUGUAUAUUUUAAUAUUCAAACGGGGGUGUUUUAUUAUAAUGAACUUGUGCUACACAAUCAGUACACAAGUGGAGUAACCAAAGCGGAGAAACAUCUACAAUUGCUGUACAUAUCAAACAAGACUGUGUAGUGGUAUCUUUCUUUUUGAUAAAUCCAACCAAGACAUCAUGUAAAACACCCUCUUUUGUGCUUAUUUACACAUUUUCUAAAGCGAGUCUAGUCACAAAUCAUGUAUGUCAGGUUCCAUGAAGAUUGUCCACAUAGUAGGCGUGAAUGUGAGUGUGAAUGCUUGUUUUUCUAGAUGUGUCCUGCCAUUGACUGGCAACCAGUCCACUUUUUGUCCAUUUGUGCCUGGCAAUUGAUUGGCAACCAGUCCAUUUUUUUUUGUCUAAAGGUGCCCUGCGAUUUGAGUGACGACCAGCCAGUUGUAUGUUGUUUGAAAAUGGAUAAAAGUCUCCUGUGAGCCUCAUCUGUUGCUGCUUCUGUUGCCAUGGCGACGGUAAGCAGACACUCGUCACUCGACUCGCUCGUCAUGGACCAGCUCAUCCUCAUCCUCUAAGGUGGAACUUUACACUGACACUUGGUGGCUACAUACUACACGCAGACACCACUUUUCGCAAAGCAUUCAUUUAUUACAAAAACAAUAAAAUAAAACAAAUUAUACGAAGCAAAAAAAAAAGACAUUUUAACAAUACAACUGAGGGAGCUUUUUAUUUCAAACCUAACAGAAGAAAAUAACUGGUUAUUCCAGUGUUGUAUGCAUGAUAGCACUUGUACAGUAAUAUCGUUUUACAGAAAAUAACAUUGUGCUCCAUUUUAAUACUGCUGCAAAUGUUCAGUGUAAUUCAAUGUUUUAUUAAAAAAAUCUAAACUGCA